AUUAACUGAAAACAUCCGUCUGCGCGCUUAUCUAGUGAGCUCCUAAUCGCGUUGAAGUCUUCGUGUAAUGUAUUUUUAAUUAUUGGACACAAAACGAGGAAAAUAUGUUUAAGUCAAUGAUAUCUUGGUGCUGCAUAAUCGUGGUGUGUAACGGCCACGUGUUUGACAUUCUAUUGGACGAGUUCUGGCAGUGGCGCAUGCGCAAUAACCCUGAGUUCGCUAGUAACGUUGGCAACAGCAACUACACUGAUCUUCUUGAGGACUACAGCAUCGCGGCUAUCGACACGCGAAAGGAAUGGCUGGAUAAUUUUCUGACCAAGGUCCAAUCCUCCGUACAACGGAACUCGCUUGACGCAGGGGAGGCCAUCACGUAUGACGUACUUGUGGACACCAUUCAAUCAUGGCUAGACGGAUACGAGUGGAGAUAUUACGGACCCAUGAACCCCAUCAACAUCCUUGAAGGCAUUCAGUCAAACUUUGGCUCGCGAGCAGGACAAGUGAAAUUUGAGUCUUCAGAAAUGUUUGAGAAGUUUGCAAAACGAAUCAAGGCAUAUGGAGACCAGAUUGACCAGAUUAUAGUGCGGAUGAACAAAUCAAUAGAGAUGGGGACGACGUAUCAUUCGGUGUCUAUUUCGAGUGUACCGGCCGACCUGGAUAAAAUGCUGGCGUUUGAAGGGAACGUAACCGCCUUCCCUAUGUAUGAGCCGUUUGCGAGCAAACUGGAGGAGAAGGAACCAAAUUCAACAAUGCGAACCAUGAUCAAAGAAGAAGCAGCACAGAAUAUCCGUUAUCUUCUUGGUAAAGUCCGGACACUUAAAGACUUUAUUAAUGACAGGUACAUCCCCAACGUGAGAUCCACCCUGGGUGUGCUCAGCCUUCCCCGGGGUAAAGAGUACUACCGGGCGUGUCUCAAGUGGCAGCUCUCCACCGACAUAACGCCUCAGGAGAUACACGACCUUGGUCUUGAGAGGGUCAAUAUCACAUACAUGGAAAUGGAGAAGUUAACUAGAAAAGCUGGCUUUAAUGGGACGGUGCAGGAAUACUUCGCACAAAUCAAGGCAGAUAACACAAACUUUGAAGAGGACCCGGAUCGUGCACUGCAGAUGUUCAAGGACAUGAUGAAGGAGAGAGUGGAGCCUGUGCUGCACAGGUUCUUCGAAGACAUACCCGACGUCCCACUCGUCAUAGAGAAGAUGCCGAAUAAUGGACCCCUCGGUAUUUACAAGAACGGAGCCCCCGAUGGGUCAAGGCCAGGAGUCUUUUUCGCCAACGUCAACAAGAAAGUAUUGAAGAUGGAAAUCCCGGCGCUGCUGGCGCACGAGGCGGAUCCCGGACACCACUUGCAGGACGCGUACGCCCUAACGUCACCGUCCAUCCCCAUAUUCCGCCGCGCUACAGACUUCUCCAAGUACUUCGGCGCCCCACUGCACUUCCCCUUCUACACAGCCUACUCAGAGGGCUGGGGGUUAUACUCGGAGGACCUCGGUGAACAGAUGGGCAUGUACCACAACGACAAAGACAAGAUGGGAAAGUUGAGUCUAGAGAUAUUCAGAGCGGCACGACUGGUUGUGGAUACAGGCAUCCAUCACAUGGGUUGGACCAGAGACCAGGCGGUAAACUACAUGUUGAAGUACACAGCAAGCUCGCGCGCGUCCCUGGAGCGGGAAGUGGACCGGUACAGCACGUGGCCCGGCCAGGCCACCUCGUACAUGAUCGGCAAGCUCAAGGUCGUCGAGCUGAGGUUAAACGCCACUCGCGAGACAUGUGGUCACUUUGACAUCAAGAAAUUCCACAGCGUGAUUCUUAAGAAUGGCGCCAUGCCCCUCUCCAUCAUGGAGGACCUCGUGAACCAGUACAUCCGGGAGACGAGAGAAGCGCACAAACUUCCGGUGGACACCCGAGACUGCCCGGAAGUGGCAGCCGCUCACCAACAACUCUCUAGCGUUGUCAUGCUCAUCUGCUCAUUUUUCAUUGUCUUUAUAUUGAAUAGAUAAUUGUGCGGAUACAAGAUGAUAUUUUUUUUAUAUUUUAUAUACUAGAGUGUAGAUUUACUAACCUAUUUACACUAAUUGAAUUUAAUACUUGGCGAUGUUGUGAACUUUACGACUGUAUAUCUGUGUCAUUACCGGAAAAGCUAGUUUAAUAUUUAACUCUCAUUAUUCAAUUGGCAUCACGUUUUUCUGCGAUCCAAUCCAAUGGAGAAUUUUAGUAAAAAUCGUCAACCUGAAAUCUAGCUAAAGAACUUCAGCGAACACGUUAUAUAUUACCUUUUUGGACGUGUUAAUGUGUAGUAAACAUCAAAAAUAAAUAUCAACAUUAAAGUUAUGAAAGCCAGAAAUACCUGAAAACAACUUAAACUUUCCAUUUUCUCAAAUUAUGUUUUUGGUAUUACUGGCUGGAAUUCAAUCGACACACUAUAUGACACUAUUUGACAAAACAAUCAUAUAAAAAAAUAUAUGUACCAAACAGAAUCUCAAAAGACGACUAUUCUGGCCACUGUUAGCUUCCAAACGAUCAUGACAGUUUCUUAUAACUAUUUAUUACGACAGAGAGCAUUAACGCCAUACUAUAUACAGUCGAAUUCCGUUGGCUCGACCUCUCAGGGACCGGCGAAAAUACCUCGAGCCUCGGAAAUAAUCGAGCCAAGCGGGAUUGUUAACCUUCAAUAUAAAGACAUCGUUCCUCUACAUCUAGUUUGAGCCAACGAGGAAUUCGAGCCAAGCAAAUUCGAGCCAACGGGGUUCGACUGUAUAACGUAUGUUUAUUUUAUAUUUUAGCAUUUUAUUAUGUACCAUGCAUUUCAAAAGUAUUUUUAUCAUAAAAUGUCUAACAUUUUGAAUUAUACGGAGAUCUCGAUACUAGUAUUAUUUCACAUGCUUUUUAAGUUUGCUCUAUCUUUACUUUUCAUAAGUUCCUGAAGUUUGUGAGUAUUUGAAUGAGUUAUGUAGAAUUGGGUUGAUUCAUAUAGAUACACAACAAAAACACUCAAUAUCGUUGGAAUACCUAUCUGAAUAAAACGACGUUUUUUUAUUUGUCAAAUGUCAUUUUUUGCGGUUGGAUGCAUGUGACGUCGAUAAAACAAGUGACGUCAUCAACGAUACGACUGAUUCAUUCCACAAUCAAUCAAUUAUCAUCGGAGUCGUUUUUCCAGUGUUGUAGUUUAAUUAUCCCGUUACUUGAUAUUUCGACGCUUGAAUUCAUGACUGUUCUGAGUGUGUUUUGGUAUCGUUUUUCAAGCUCUAUUCUCACUAGCGGAUCCAGGGGGUGGGGGUGGGUGAAAAAAGUAAUAAGAUAUGCCCAAAAUGCACCAUUUUGGACGGAGGGGCGCAAGUCAAAGGGUUAAACGCCCAUUAGUUAUGCCCCCUCUAAAGCCGAAUACAGGAUCCGUCCCUGAUCAUGUAGUUGGACUUAGGACAGUCAGGAAGUCAAAUUAAGAGAGUUAUUCAUAAUUACAUUUUGUUUUAUCUCACAAUCUCCCGCUCUGAUAACUUCCAUGCCAUUCUAAAACAUUCAAUCCUUGUUUUAUUUUAUUUUGUACUGUAAAGUUAUGAUUAGUUUUUAAUUCUCUUAAGCAUAUCUGUAAUUAAUCAUUGUUUAUGAGUAAACGCAAUGAAAUAUUUCGUUUUCUCACUACUACUCCGAUCGUAUGUUGUUGGGUUUUUUUUAAAAGGUUAAAUUGAGCUGAUUUGUUUAGUAAUAUAAACAUAUGUACAUCCAUUUAGAAUUGCAUAAUAAUGCCAAGUUUUAUUUGAAAUUAAUCGUUUUUUAAUAAACUUAUAAACAUAGUUCGUUCUGACACGGCUAACCCUAUCGAACGUUUAUUAAAAAAAAAGGUGAACUGUGUUCAUCCAUGUAGAAGUGUACUACUAUGCAUAGUUUUAUAUGUAAUUAAUCAUUGUGUUUUUAAAGACUAAUAAACAUGUUUCGUUCUCAGAUAUCUAAGCCCGAUUGAAUGUUAUUUUAUAAAAAAAAAACACGUAAAUUGUGUUAAUUCAGGCAUAUAGUUAUAAUAUACACUUAUGUACACCAAAGUAGAAUUUCAUGAUAAUGUCAAGUUUUAUCUGUAAUUAAUUGUUGUUCUUUAAUAAGCUUACAAACGUUUUUGCGCUGCUGGCCGGAUCGAACGUUAUUUUAUUUUUUUUAAAAAGUGAACUGUGUUGAUUCAUUCAGUUUAUAUUUACACCUCAAUUUCCAUUCCUUAAUUGAAUGGCAUUUCGGCAAUUGCGAUUAUCAUCCGAUGAACGAAACGUCUUCGGAUAUAUAUGUCCUUAAAUAUUCACAUGUAUUCAUCUAUGUAGAAUUGUAUGACUAUGUAUAUUUUUAUAUGUGAUUAAUCAUUGUUUUAUUAAUAAACUUAUAAACAUGUCACGGUUUCACACCUCUUAGACCGAUCGAAUGUUAUUUUAUAAAAAAACACACCGUAAAUUGUGUUGAUUUGAGCAUAUAUACAUCUGUACUUGAAUGUGGAAUUGCAUAAUAAUGCCUAGUUUUAUCUGUAAUUAAUCGUUGUUUUUAAAAAAACUUAUUAACAUA